AUGGUGGACGGGCUUAAGCCAGGCCAGCGCAAGGUCCUCUUCGGAGCCUUCUUGAAAAAGCUCACAAACGAGGUGAAGGUUGCCCAGCUCUCGGGCUUUGUGGCCGAGAAGAGUGCGUACCACCAUGGCGAGACCUCCCUUCAGGGCACAAUCAUCGGAAUGGCAUUUUCCCCAGUUCCCAGCCGGAAGUUUAUGAGACUGCGAGGCUUCCUAUGA